ACGAUAUUUGUUAACGCAUGAUCCAGUGUCUUGUGAAUAUGCAAUUGAAGUAAUCAAGUUUGGCAAUCUUCCUCGAAAUGAUACCAAGAACUUUAUCUGUUUGUCUUAUCUUGGAAGUGGUGCUGAAGCUAAGUCUGUCAGGCCAAUCUCACCUUGGAGUAAUCAGCAAGAAUUGACUACAUCCCAAAUUCAAAAAAAGAAUGCAGAAGCAGCAGAGCACCAGAUAGCACGUAAUCGCCUACAAGCUGAGGCCAAUCACUGGAAGACGUUAUGGGGAAUUGAUGCACAAGUCAAGACCAUAAAAGGUCAACCUGCCCUUGUCAUGCCCUACUUUAGAAUGUGCACGCAUAAUGAGCUGGAAAAUGACCCACAAGUCAAAGCUGCAGUGGUUGAUGCUGUUAAACUAAUGUCCAGCAAAGGGCUUAAACAUAACGAUCUCUCUCGCCGACAUGUUGGGCUUUACCGGAAGAAGAAGAAUGGCAAACUGCAAGCUGUCUUCAUCGAUCUCUCAAAUGUUGUCAGGGAACAAGAGAUAGAUGCCGUUGCUGAUAUGAUGGAAAAAUUGAAUCUUACGGAGUAA